AAGACACUUAGCACUGGACCGACAGACGGUUUACCAAAUUGAAACUGAGAGUGAGAGCAGUUGGGUUGUGUCUUAUCGCUUGUUGUAUGCACACCACCCUUCGCUGUCAGGCAGAAGGAAUUUCAAUUUCUAUACUACUUUCUCUGUCUCUCUCUUCUUGUGUUAACUUGAUUUCUCUUCUCUUUUCUGUGUCUAUCUUAAUUGAUUUCAUGAUGGGUUUUUCACUGAGAAGUUUAUAAGAUUGAAUUUAAAGAAGAGAAGGGUAGAAAAUGUCUUACAAGAGUAGAGGAAGUGGAGGAGGAAUUGAGUUGCCUUCAAGAAGCUUCGUUUCUAAGAAAUGGACUCUUUUUCUUUGUCUUUGCUGCUUUUUAGCUGGAAUGUUCUUCACUAACAGGAUGUGGGAUGUUCCUGACGGAAAUGGAACUACAUUGACAGUGGGUAUGGUGGAUGAAAAGAUAAAUCGGGAUUCAGGUGGUUGCAUAACAAAGCUUAGGGAUUUGAAGCGUGAACCACGGGAUAAUCUAGGGGAGGACAGUAACGAUUCUGUGCAGGCAUUGGAUAACACGAUUUCAAAUCUGGAGAUGGAAAUAGCUGUUGCGAGGGCAACGCAAGAGUCUGUGCUCAAUGGUUCUCCUGUAUCUGAAGGUCUGAAUGAUAUCGAAUCAACUGGGAAAAGAAAAUAUGUAAUGGUUAUCGGAAUAAAUACUGCUUUUAGUAGCAGAAAACGGAGAGAUUCAGUUCGUGCUACGUGGAUGCCAUAUGGUGAUAAAAGAAAGCGCCUGGAGGAAGAGAAGGGUAUCAUUAUUCGCUUUGUUAUUGGCCACAGCUCCACUUAUGGUGGUAUCCUGGACAAAGCUAUGGAGGCAGAGGAAAGAAAACAUGGGGACUUCCUUAGGCUGGAUCAUGUUGAAGGGUACCUUGAGUUAUCUGCCAAGACGAAAAUUUAUUUUGCUACUGCUUUUGCUAUGUGGGAUGCGGAGUUUUAUAUCAAGGUCGAUGAUGACGUGCACGUAAAUAUAGGAACGCUCGGAACAACAUUAGCUAUGCAUCAGUCGAAGAAACGGGUGUACAUUGGGUGCAUGAAAUCCGGUCCGGUCCUCGCACACAAGGGAGUCAGAUACCAUGAACCUGAGUACUGGAAGUUUGGCGAGGAAGGCAACAAAUAUUUCCGCCAUGCUACUGGUCAGUUAUAUGCAAUCUCGAAUGAUUUGGCCAGAUAUAUAUCCAUUAACCGACACUUGCUACACAAGUACGCAAAUGAAGAUGUUUCAUUGGGAGCUUGGUUUAUUGGUUUGGAUGUGGAGCACAUUGAUGAUCGCAGGCUCUGUUGUGGUACCCCUCCAGAUUGCGAGUGGAAAGCUCAAGCAGGCAAUCUUUGCGUUGCUUCUUUCGACUGGAGCUGUAGUGGGAUUUGUAGAUCUCAUGACAGGAUCAAGGAAGUUCACCGGCGGUGUGGGGAAGGUGAGAAUGUUUUAUGGAGUUCGACAUUCUAAAUGUUUAUAACCUUUCAAACUCUGAAAGGAAUCUUUGCAAAGCAAAAUGGCUUGUUAGUGUUUGUUUUAUAGGUAUAUCAGUAAGUAUAGCCACGAUUAAUGUAUGUAAUAUAAUAGAUUAGAAUUACAGAGAGAGUUUCAGUGAGAGAAAAUGGAAGGUUGUUGUUUCUGUAGAGGGUCUUGUCCAUUUUAGCAGAGGAAAUAGACCCCUUGAAGACAGCGAGAGAGGAAGGAGGAAAUGCAUGUUUCUGUAAACAUUCUCAAUUCUUUUUAAAUUUGUUGAAGCGCCAUUUGUAAGUUUCUCUCAUGGCUACUGAGUUCAUAAUAAGUAAAUUUCCUUUAUGGUAACA